AUGUCUUCUCCAAAUUGCCCCGAAUUAUUUGCUCAUUGGUUUCAUGCGAUUGAUGUACCAUUGAGAGAUCCAAACAAAGACAAAAAAUUUCAAACCGGCACGUCAUCAUCAUCGAUUAACACUACUACAUCAUCCUCCUCUUCGACCAACACUCCACAUAAUCUCUCAUUAUCCAAUUCCAACAAAUCUUAUACUUCUAAACAACCAACUGUUUGGAUAGCUUUUUCCAAACGUGAUUCUAACGCUCUCGAAGCUGCCUUCAAAGCUGGAAAACCUGGAGCGAAGGUUCCAUGUAAUGAAGAUUAUCUAUUCGAAGUAGAUAUUGACAAUCGCGAGAUUAGCCCUGUAUUUUGGCCAGGUGCUACAUAUGAAGUUGUACGUGCCACUUGGUUUUAUCUAAGUGACGGAAAAUUUCUUCCCUGUGAUGAAAAUUUGGCUGCUCAAAUUGAAGAUGGAUACAGGAAACAUCAAGCGUGGAUUCCACGACCUGAAUUGGAGUCAACUGAUCAAACUAAUAAUGGGUCCGAACAAAUUCAAGAAAAAAGUUGGCCAUUACUUGGAAAAUAUCUUUCUCAGUAUGUGGUCUAUACGAAUCCUACAACUGCUUGGUUAUUACACGAUGAUAUGACUGGAAAACUAACAAAAACUUUUUUUGCAAAACUCACUAAUGGAGUUCAUCUGGGAGGAACUCGCCUUAUCCGAGGUUAUAAUGAAACUAAAAGAUUAUUAUCGAAAAAAUCAUCUGAGGAUGAGGAGAAGAAAUUUAAGGGUGAAUUGGACAACCUUUCUUCCGCAGGCAGUGUUCCGAGAGAAGUUAAAAUGGAAAUGGUUGAAAGUGAAGAUUAUAAUAAUGACGAUGAAGAAGAGAGAGUCAUUGAUCAUCUUAUUUUGGUAAUUCACGGAAUCGGUCAAAAGCUUAGCGAGAAAAUGGAAUCUAUUAAUUUUGUACAUGACGUCAACAUGUUAAGGAAAACUAUUAAAGCCACAUACUCUACAACACUUGGUCCUGAAACUGCUUAUAAAAACAUUUCUAAAAAUAAAUCAGAAUUUAACUCAGAUCGCCGCAAUUCUGGUAAUUCUGAGAAAAGCAUUCAUAAAUUCGGAAAUGGUGUACAAGUUUUGCCUAUUCAAUGGAGGCAAGAAAUAAAGUUUGGAAUGGCGUCUGAAGAUGAGAACGUUCAAAGAGAUUUAGGCAUGCCUAAUGCUGAAGAAGGUCAAACUACUUUGGAAGAAAUUACUUUGGAGGGUGUACCAACAUUAAGAAUGUUGAUUUCUGACGUUUUAAUGGAUGUAACAAAAGAAGCAAACAGAGUUUACAAUUUAUUUAUUGAAAGGAAUCCUAAAUUUGUUGAAAAUGGAGGAAGGGUUUCAAUAUAUGGACAUUCACUAGGUUCCGUGUUGGCAUUUGAUGUAUUAUGUCAUCAACCUCCGCUUUUCCCUUCAACACCAUCUGGUAUUUUUGAGGGAAGGGGGUCAACUGAAUUAGAUGCUAUUCAUCAGCAUACUGUAAAAUUGGAUUUUGAUGUUACAAAUUUUUUUGCAGCUGGAUCACCAAUAGGAUUAUUUUUGUUAUUAAAAGGCCUUAAGAUAGCUUCAAGAAAAGAACGUUCUACGGAAAGAUUCAAUCAAGCAUUAGCAGGGGCAGUUCUAGAAAUGGGAAUUGAUAUGACUUUACCUUUAGGUCAAUCAUCAUCUGUUCCAUUAUGUUUUCCGGCUGUUAAAAAUUUAUACAACAUAUUUCAUAAUGCAGAUCCAAUUGCUUAUAGAUUAGAGCCACUUAUCGCUAGACAUUAUGGUAGAGAUAUGAAACCUGCUCUUAUUCCAUACCAUAAAGGGGGAUUAAAAGGAAUGCAUAUUGGUAUUCAAGAAUUUGGGAAUGAAAUUGCAAACAAAGCCACAAAUAUCUUUUCAUCAGUUAAAACGUCUUUAAUGUUUACAAAAGGAUUACAAUCAAUGUUACCACAAAAUAGUGUUAGUAGUAUUAAUGUAACACAUAAAAAAUCAGUUUCAGUAUGUGGAGAUGAAGGUGGAUCAGCUUUAACAAAUUAUCCUCCAACUAGUUAUUCUUCAAAUGAUGAAUCAAAGAAAUCAGAGGACGAUGAUCCUCAUGGAUCAUAUAAAAUUAAAGAUUUAAAUUCAUCUGGAAGAGUUGAUUGGGUUUUACAGGAAGGAAUAUUGGAUGUUAGUUAUAUUAAUGCUAUUACAGUGCAUUUGAGUUAUUGGUCUGAUCGUGAUGCUGUAAACUUUAUUAUGAAGGAAAUUUAUAGAGAGAAAUAUGAGGAAUCAGGUUAA